CGACUCGAUAGCCGGAAGUCCUCCGAGCUGAAGCGGUGCCCGCUGCCACCCCGCCUAGACAUCAGUUCUCUCCAGCUUGCAGCCAGGAUGGCAGAACGUGCGGCGCUGGAGGAACUAGUGCGACUUCAGGGAGAGCAUGUGCGGGAACUGAAACAGCAGAAGGCCAGCGCUGAGCAGAUCGAGGAGGAAGUGGCAAAAUUACUGAAACUGAAGGCACAGCUGGGCCCUGAUGAAGGGAAACACAAGUUUGUGCUCAAAACCCCCAAGGGCACAAGAGACUACAAUCCCCGGCAGAUGGCAGUUCGGGAGAAGGUGUUUGAUAUAAUCAUCAGCUGCUUCAAACGCCAUGGUGCAGAAGUAAUUGAUACACCUGUGUUUGAACUAAAGGAAACACUUACUGGAAAGUAUGGGGAAGACUCUAAGCUUAUCUAUGACCUGAAAGACCAGGGUGGGGAGCUGCUGUCCCUUCGCUAUGACCUCACUGUCCCUUUUGCUCGAUAUUUGGCAAUGAAUAAACUGACCAACAUUAAACGCUACCACAUAGCAAAAGUAUAUCGGCGGGAUAACCCAGCCAUGACCCGUGGCCGGUAUCGGGAAUUCUACCAGUGUGAUUUCGACAUUGCUGGGCAAUUUGACCCCAUGAUCCCUGAUGCAGAGUGCCUGAAGAUCAUGUGUGAGAUCCUGAAUUCACUUCAGAUAGGUGACUUCCUGGUCAAGGUGAAUGAUCGGCGCAUCCUAGAUGGGAUGUUUGCGAUCUGUGGGGUUCCUGAUAGCAAGUUCCGUACCAUCUGCUCAUCAGUGGACAAGCUGGACAAGGUGCCCUGGGAGGAAGUAAAGAACGAGAUGGUGGGAGAGAAGGGCCUCGCACCCGAGGUGGCUGACCGCAUUGGGGACUAUGUCCAGCAGCAUGGUGGGGUAUCCCUGGUGGAACAGCUGCUCCAGGAUCCUAAACUGUCUCAAAACAAGCAGGCCUUGGAGGGCCUGGGAGACCUGAAGCUGCUGUUUGAGUACUUGACCCUGUUUGGCAUUGCUGACAAGAUCUCCUUCGACCUGAGCCUUGCUCGAGGGCUGGACUACUAUACUGGAGUGAUCUAUGAGGCGGUGCUACUACAGACCGCAGCCCAGGCGGGGGAAGAGCCCCUGGGUGUGGGCAGUGUGGCUGCUGGAGGGCGCUAUGAUGGGCUGGUGGGCAUGUUUGACCCCAAAGGGCGCAAGGUGCCAUGCGUGGGGCUCAGCAUUGGUGUGGAGCGGAUCUUUUCCAUCGUGGAGCAGAGGCUAGAGGCAUUGGAGGAGAAGGUACGGACUACAGAGACACAGGUGCUUGUGGCAUCCGCACAGAAGAAGCUGCUGGAGGAGAGACUGAAGCUCGUCUCAGAGCUAUGGGAUGCUGGGAUCAAGGCUGAGCUGCUUUACAAGAAAAACCCAAAGUUACUGAACCAGCUGCAGUACUGUGAGGAGGCAGGCAUCCCACUGGUGGCCAUCGUCGGUGAGCAGGAGCUCAAGGACGGGGUCAUCAAGCUCCGUUCAGUGGCCAGCAGAGAAGAGGUGGAUGUCCGAAGAGAAGACCUUGUGAAGGAAAUCAAAAGGAGAACAAGCCCGCCCCUUUGCAUCUGCUGAAUUGAGCGAACUAUCAGAGGAAAGUGGACGGGCACUAUUUAAGGCCAAGACAAAACUCUGCAUAUAUAUUUCAACCUCUUUGCACACUUCCAGUGGGAAACCUGAAGAGUAGUCAAAACAGAGACUUUUUAUUUUUAUUAUCAUUUUAUUGAUAAUCACAGGUAAUUUUACUGUGCCAUUUUCCAUAGGAAGCCCUGGGGCUCAAUCCAGUCUGGCCCCUAGGCUACAAGGACCGGGCCUGAGAUGGCCCCCUCUGCAGGGCCUCCACCAGGAGGAGGCACUGCUCCCCACCACCCGUCACCAAAGGUGCAAUAAAAUAUCUCAACCACUGGA